CCGCUUGCUUUGCCAGGCCCUUCACGCUUUCUGCGAGGCAUCUCCAUUGUGAAGAUCCAUCCGAAAUGCUGUCCGUUCCACCGGAUGGCUUAGAGGACGACCCGGAGGCGUGGGAGGAAGUCUCUGAUGCGUCGGCCAGAUUAAACAUUCCGGCCAACUUGGCGCCUCCCUCGCCGUGGCCAUGCUCGCUGCCCGCCCAGCCGGUGGCUCGCAGCCUGUCCUACCGGUUCACGAUCAUGUCGCCGCGCAUGCUGCCCACGUGCGAAGUCCGGAACCCGUAUCUGCAGUCAUGGUUCCCGCUAUCGUUGCAGGAUGCCGCCUUGUUCCCCGCCCUCCUUUCGUCGACGUUGACCCAUCGGCGCGCCCGCUGCCUCCUGGGGGAGGAGUGGCCGGACGGGUUCGACGACCAGGAUCGUUCACUGCUGGCCGCGUGUUACGCGCACACCGUGAGCGCCCUCAAUGGGGUCCUGCGGCAACCUCUCCACGGGGUGAGCGAUGCCACCCUCCUGGCGGUGCUGAUGCUGGUGGAAGGGCCCACGAUCCCCGUGGCGCGCGACUGGACCACACCACCGGUCUUUCGGGCGCCGCUGCAAGGCAUGCAGUGGCUAAAGGUCCAUGGCGCCCGCAAGCCGCACGAGGCCCAUCAGCGGGGGCUGUGCCGGCUGGUCCAGCUGAAAGGGGGGCUCUCUCGCAUCCAGCUGCCCGGCGUGGCCGCGGCCAUCUCCUUUCGCCUGCUGGUCAAUGCCACGUUAACCCUGUCGGUGCCCCCCCUGCCGUUUCACCCCUUGUCGGAGGGGAGUGCGCAGACCGUGCCUGAAUUCCUGGCCAGCUGUGCGGACGCGGGAUCCCACGGGUCCGGCCGGUUUGCAGAAGUAGGGUUACCCGCCGACAUGCGACCAAUCUUCGAGGCCAUGGCCCUGUACACGGCGAUGGUGGAACAGUAUCUCCGCGGUGAGAUCGCCCGGCCCGAUACUCAGGCCAUGUGCGACCAGCGCAACCUGAUCCAGCACGGCCUCCUGUCUCUCCACCCCGCCGAGGGCUCCUCCGACUCCGCCCGCUUCUAUGAAGUGUGCCGGGCAUCGGCCCUGAUUUUCAGCGUCGGGGUGAUCUUCCCCUUGCCGGCGGCCACCGCACCCUUUGCGGCGCUGGUCCAGACCCUGCGCACCCAUCUGGGCGAUGCCCCCCCGCUAGAGGAUGGCGGGCCUGCCUUUCCCGCGGCCCCGGCCCUUCGGCUCUGGAUCAUCGCCAUGGGAGGCAUCGCCGCCACCGGCACGCCCGAGCGUGAGUGGUUUGUCGGGAGGCUCCAGCACUCCGCCCGUCAGGCGGGGCUGGGGGAGUGGCAGGCCCUCCGCCAAUCUCUCCAGACGAUCCUCUGGCUGGACAGCGCCUGUGACGCGGCGGGGGAGCAGCUGUGGACGGAGGCGCAAGAGCUUCGGCCGUGGAGGCCCGCCAGGCCCGUCCCUGCGCGGCCCACGUAUGGGACGCAGCUGGACGACGUGCAGGGACCCCGACGGAGAGAGCCGCCGUGCACGCCAUGUAGAAACCGGGGCGUCCGGUGCAAUAAGGGGCUGCCGUGUCAGACCUGUGUCCGCCAUGGAAUCCGCUGCUCGUAUGGCGCCCGGGACGCAGUGGUGGUGCCUGCCCGCGUGCAUGUCUUCUCCAUGCGCCGGCAGCCCUGCCAGCUGUGUAAGCAGCGCAAGGUACGAUGCGAGAGGCAGCGGCCGUGCCAGAGUUGUGUCAAGGCCGGGUUGACAUGUAUUCCGCUAAGCCGUAGUUAAAGGAGAGAGAUGGAAUUGCCAGGAAUUUAGCAUCGGAAGGAAUGGCCUUCGCCGAGCUCGCCGAACUCGCCGAAUGGGAGCGACUGGUAGAUGACUCUGUGAAAGGAGAUCACGUGAUCUUGGACCUAGCUACCUAGUCACCUCCUCCUCGCGUAGUUAGCUAG